AUGUCGAAGCGCACAGCGGCCAGGCUCGAGUCGACCGGCAGCGAGUCCGCCAGCGGCGAUACCCAACCCUCCCAACCCCCAUCUGCCAAAAGACCCAAAACAUCGAAAGAUGAUGAUGGCACAACGGCAGGUCCUAGUCCAUCCUGGGAUCUUUGCCUUCUCAACCUUCCAGUCGGCAUUCUGACCAUCAUCUGUCACUUCAUCCAAGAGCAGGAUACCGCACCACCUGCACCACCCGUGACUACCAGGACACCAGUCCAGAAUGCCAUUGCUAUUUACCCCCGGAUCAGCAUCGACGAAGUCAGCGCCCCCAAAGCCAGUGUGGUUCAGCGGACAAGCCUCGCUUUUGAACUUUGCUACGACUUGCAAGUAUCUUCGAGCAGUUUCCACGCCAAUCUUAUACCGCCCGAUCAAUCCCAGCCACGGUCUUGCAUCCAAUGA